CGGAGGUGGAAGUUGUGAAUAUAAGGAGGGCUCAAGUUGCCCAUCGGUUCAUGCUUCACAGCUCAGACAAAAUCAUGCAGAGCAAAAUGUCGGACGCCGGGGAUGACACUUCCAUUUCAGCGAGCCACGAUUCCGAAUUCGAGCCAUUCAAUUUCACCCAUACCCUCUACAUCACCCCUCAUAACUCCACGCACCAAACAGUAAAGAUCCACGAUAUCACCGGCGUGUCCACCGCGCCAUACUCCUCUGAUCGCUACAACGAAGAAACAGAAGAAAUUGGCCAAGCGAGACCCGAUGAGGCCGCCAACUGGAUCCUCGACAACCACCACCACUGGCGAACCGCAACCCUCCACCCCGGACAUGCCGCCACCAAAACUACAGACACGGCUCUCGCAUCAUGGACACCCAGCCGGUGGUCCCAGGGCAAGAACGAAUUCGCCUUCCCUCCCGGCUCGCCGCAUUGCGGCCAUGGCCUUGUCAUGCAGAGACAAGGCGUCCUCAGCUACAGGGUCGAGACCUUUGUGAAGGACUCGGUUCAAUACCUGUGGAGAUACGACGGGUACUCUCGGCGCAAGUUGACGCUCUGGAAGGUCCUUGGGGGAGGAAAGACUGCGGUUGCGAGAUACAAGGCGCCGUAUAGGGUGGCCACUACUGGCGGCACCCUUGUUGUCGACAGCGGAGAAGUUGAUCUUGUUGUGGCAGUUUUGACGUGCCUUAGUAUGCUCCGGAAGAUAAGACAGAGUGACUAGUAGAGACAGUGGGGUAUUAUGGGAAUAACAUGUGCCUGGGGUUUGUGCGCCGCAGAUAGUCUCAGAGCGGAAUUCUCACUCAGGAGGUGGUUGUGGUCUAUAAUUACUUGACGGGUGACGGGAACAGAAAUGGCAACAGAAGCAGGGGAUGGAGCAUAAAAUAUGCAUUUCGAACAACAGAAUUCGCAGCGGCGCCCUAGUAUCUAACCAUCACUAUGAUGAGGUUCUAGGUUAUGGUACAAUUAAUAUCCUAGCUCUGCAAUCCGUCCG